UGCGGGAAAUCGCUCAAUAUUCAACUGUUUUUUGCAAAAUACGUGAGAACAAUUAUAGCUAGCCCACAUUCAGCUAUGUGUUUCGUUCCAGAGGAAUGCAGUAAACCCGCGUGCCUUCAUGGGCCUCAAUAGCAUGCCAUAGCAACAAUUGAGAAAAACACCAGAAACUACCAACUUCUGCACGCGGAAAGCACAAGCGAAUAACACAAAACUGUGUUGUUGUUAACGCGUUAAACACACAUCAAACCAAGUGGAAUUAGACUUGAACAGGCUUUACAUCUGCUCCUGUACUCGCAGUGACAGUAUGCUAUAUGGGGAGGUGCUGCUUGUCUGAGUGCACCUGGUCGACGUCACGGCUGCAGUCUACUGACAAGCCUACGAAUGAGCGCUACUUCCUCAAACAAGGCAGGAUCUCAGAGCGAGCGAGAGAGAGGCAGAAGACGAAGUUGAGAAAAAAUUAAAUAAAGACGUUUAGUGUUAAGGGUCCAUUGUUGACUACGAGAGGAGGUGGCUGGAUGACAGAUCACCAUGGCUCCCUUCCUGCGAAUCGCCUUCAAUGCCUUUGAUCUGGGCGCCUUGCCCCCGCAAACGGACUCGCCCUUCUGCGCCAUCAAGAUGAAGGAGUCCGUCAGCACGGCCCGCGGGAAGACUUUGGUGCAGAAGAAACCCACCAUGUACCCGGCCUGGAAGUCCAGCUUCGACGCGCACAUCUACGAGGGCCGCGUGCUGCAGGUGAUCCUCAUGAAGACGGCCGAGGAGCCGCUCUCCGAGGUCACCGUGGGCGUGUCCGUGCUCGCCGAGCGCUGCAAGAAAGGCAACGGCCACUCCGAAUUCUGGAUGGACCUGCAGCCCUCUGGGAAGGUAAUGAUGGCGGUGCAGUACUUUGUGGAGGACUCAGACAAUGAGUGUAAGCAGUCUGUGAAGGAGGAGGACGGGGCGCUGACGCUGAACCGCCGCAGAGGCGCCAUCAAGCAGGCCAAGAUCCACUUCAUCAAGAACCACGAGUUCAUCGCCACCUUCUUCAGGCAGCCCACCUUCUGCUCCGUGUGCCGCGAGUUCGUCUGGGGGCUUAAUAAGCAAGGCUACAAGUGCAGACAAUGUAAUGCUGCUAUCCAUAAAAAAUGCAUCGACAAAAUCAUUGGCAGAUGUACAGGCACAGCGGCCAACAGCCGAGACACCGUGUUCCAGAAGGAGCGCUUCAAGAUCGACAUGCCGCACCGCUUCAAGACCAACAACUACAUGAGCCCCACCUUCUGCGACCACUGCGGCAGCCUGCUCUGGGGCCUGGUCAAGCAGGGGCUCAAGUGUGAAGACUGUACGAUGAAUGUGCAUCACAAGUGCCAGACCAAAGUGGCCAACCUGUGUGGGAUCAAUCAGAAGCUGCUGGCGGAGGCCCUCACCCAAGUCAGCCAGAAGCACACUGUAUCGACGAAAUCCACAAGGCAGUCGGACAGCUCCCUAUCUGACAUUGGAAUCUACCAAGACUUCAAGACUCCAGCCCUGCCAGGACUGGAUGUUACUGCAGACAGCAGCCCGUACGGGAAGCUGUGGGAUGGAACUGUUCCUCGGCCCGUGUCCCGCAUCACCCCCAGCCGCAUCAACGUGGACAACUUCGUCUUCCACAAGGUCCUGGGGAAAGGCAGCUUUGGCAAGGUCCUGCUGGCGGAGUUGAAGGGACGGGGAGAGUAUUUUGCGGUGAAGGCCCUGAAGAAGGAUGUGGUUCUCAUGGAUGAUGACGUGGAGUGCACCAUGGUGGAGAAGAGGGUGCUGGCACUGGCCUGGGACAACCCCUUCCUCACACACCUGUACUCCACCUUCCAGACCAAGGAACACCUCUUCUUUGUGAUGGAGUACCUCAAUGGGGGAGACCUGAUGUUCCACAUUCAGGAAAAGGGCCGCUUCGACUUGUACAGAGCCACGUUCUACUCAGCUGAGAUAGUCUGUGGCCUACAGUUCCUCCACUCCAAAGGAAUUAUCUACAGGGACCUGAAGCUGGAUAACGUGAUGCUGGACCGCGAUGGACACAUCAAGAUCGCCGACUUCGGGAUGUGCAAAGAGAACGUGUUCGGGGAGCACCGCGCCACAACCUUCUGCGGGACCCCAGAUUACAUUGCACCCGAGAUCCUGUUGGGACAGAAGUACACCUUCUCAGUGGACUGGUGGUCGUUCGGGGUGCUGCUGUACGAGAUGCUGAUUGGUCAGUCGCCUUUCCACGGCGACGACGAGGACGAGCUGUUCGAGUCCAUCCGCAUGGACACCCCUCAUUACCCACGCUGGAUCACCAAAGAGUGCAAGGACCUGCUGGAGAAGCUGUUCGAGCGCGACCCCACCCGCAGGCUGGGUGUCAUCGGCAACAUCCGCACACACUCCUUCUUCAAGACCAUCAACUGGACCGCCCUGGAAAAGAGGGAAGUGGACCCCCCCUUCAAGCCCAAAGUGAAAGCCCCCAAUGACUGCAGCAAUUUUGACCGGGAGUUCCUGAGCGAGAAGCCCCGCCUCUCGCACAGCGACAAGACCUUCAUCGACUCCAUGGACCAGGCCGCCUUCGCCGGGUUCUCCUUCAUCAACCCCAACAUGGAGCACCUCCUGGAGAAGUGAGGGCCACAGGCAGCUUCGCAAAAUGAGGAAACGGUGACACCAGUGUUAGAUUACCGUUCUCAAACCCUUGGUUUCCUUAUCUCUUGAUCAAACUUUAAAUCAGUGAAAUAUUUAAUGUACUGUAUUGUGAUUGUAACGUACCUUGUGUAAGCACGAACACCCACCCUACUACUUAAAAAAAGAAAAAAGAAAAAAAAUAAAGAAGAGAAAAAAAGAAAUGGGACAUUGUACAGUUUAGAUGUUCAUAUGUGCAUGCUAGGAUAUCCAGGGUUCGGGUGUGGUUAUGUCUCACGAAGCUACCGGGGGGCACGUGGGAUGGAGUGUUCCUCUGGGUCAGGAGG